GAAAACUCGAUACUAUUCUUUUCUCAUGCCAUCCUUCAUCACUUAACUGAAAAGUCAAUACCCAGAGCAAGAAACCAUUACUAUCCCUUCAGGAUGGCUUUCUUUUUUGGGAGCUUGAGUUUUUGAGUACUUCUUCGUCUGAACUUAUAUUUUCCUUUUUCUCUUUCCACUCAGAAACUUAUUGAAGAAUUGCAGGCAAAUUUUUAGUUCCUUCCUGUGACUUAGAAACUGUUAAAGCUGUUAGACAGCCAAGAUUCUAAAGAAACCCAAACAUGGCAGGGUGGAGACAGAGAGAAAUUUAUUCCAGAAAUUGACUGUUAACAGUAGUGUUUCUUAAUAUAUAAGAUAUAUCAUACUCCUUGAGUAUGAUUUUUUGCUAUAUAACUUUCACUGUAAAUAAUUCUAUAGCAACCAUGUAUGAAUAACUUAAGAAUAAUAGAAUCAGUUAGUCUCAUUUGUAGGCACUGCAAACCAUCUCCAUUCCCUCCAUGUCAGAUACUCUGGGGGAUGAAUUGGAGAUAUUAAGAGGUAAAAUGACGCAGAGAAGACCAGGGCCAGCAGAAGUCAAAUACUUUUAUUUCUUUAAAAUUUUGCUUAGGCUACUCCUGGCUAUUUUGAAGCGUUUAUUUAUUGAUGAUGAAGAAAUACUUUUUGUAAGUAAUAGAAAUCACCUACCAACUUUGCAUACUCUCUUGAGUAGACUAAAACUAUUUUUGGUAAAGGAUCCUCUUUUAGAUUUCAAAGGACAGAUCUUCACAGCAGCUAAUUUUUUCAGGGGAUGUUUUUCUCUUCAAGAAGAUUUGGAAGUUUUUGGGAAAGAAGAUUUUUGUAUGGACAAAGAGAACUUUUGUCAGGAGAAACUAGAAGAUACAAUACGUUCAAAUAAGCCAUCACGUUUUCUUAUUGAGUAUGACUUCUUAAUACCUCCAAGCCACAAACAAGAAAUUGAUAUUCCAUCACUCUCGGAACUGAAGGAAUCGUUAAACCUAGUGCCAGAAAUAAUAACCUACGUCGAUGAAAUUGAAAAGCUUUUCAAAAGAGAUCUUACUAACAAGCAUGGAAUUGAGGAUAUCGGGGAUAUAAAAUUCAGCUCCACAGAGAUUUUGACCAUUCAAAGCCAGAGUGAACCAGAAAAGUGCAGUAAACCAGGAGAGUUAGAAAUGCCACUAACUCCUCUAAACCUAUCAUGGCAACAUUCUUCAGUUAAUUCAUUAUGUGCAGAACUUCAGACAUUUCCAUUAUCUCCGGUUUGCAAAAUUAAUUUGCUUACUGCUGAAGAAUCAGCUAAUAAAUACUACAUGGUGUGGCAAUUAGAAAGCUGUAGAAGCCCUUUGAACUCAUUUUUGCUUACAGUGCCAAGAAUUCAAGAGCCCCACAGCCAAUAUUCAGUUACCGAUUUGAAAAAGAUAUUAUCUGUUAAAGAAGAAAGUCUUAUUAUUAAUCCCGUAAACACAGAGUGGUGGAAACAAGCAGGACUAAAUCUGAAAAUGAUGCAAACUUUGGAACAUCUGAAUACAGAUUUAUGUCUUGAUGAUCUAUCUUCUAAUGACACUAAAAUGGAGAUAUUUUUGCCUACAAAAGUAUUUCAAUUGGAAUCAUGUCUAGAACAUAAAAGUCAUUCUUCACCUAUUGCACUUAUUGAUGAAAAAUCUACAAAUGAUCAUUUAUCACUUCCACAAAAGAGUCUACCUCUGGCAAAAGAAAUACUAGAUCUAUGUUUUUCUGAUGAAUAUUUCUCUCAUAAAAGACCAGCAAAAGAGGAGAAACCAACAAAUGACCAAGAACCAGUAAACAGAAUAAUCCAUAAGAAAGAAAAUAAAGAUCACUUUGAACUUGACUGCAUAGGACCAUCUAUUAAAUCACCUUCCUCUUCAAUAACUAAAAAAGCAUCUUUUGAACAUGGUAAAAAACAAGAGAAUGAUUUAGACCUUUUGAACGACUUUAUUAUGCUACGAAAUAAAUAUAAGACUUGCACCUCAAAGACUGAAGUCACAAACAAUGAUGAAAAACAUGGUAAAGAAGAAUGUUCUUUGACUCUUCAAGAAGAAAGUCCUAUCAUUCAUAUUAAUAAAACCCUAGAGGAAAUAAAUCAGGAAAGGGGAACAGAUAAUGUCACUGAAAUUCAAGCGUCAGAUAGCCAGUGCCAAGCAUUUUGCCUCCUUGAAGCAGCAGCUUCUCCUAUCUUAAAAAACCUUGUAUCCUUUUGUACUCUCCCUACUGCUAAUUGGAAAUUUGCCACUGUUAUUUUUGACCAAACAAGGUUUCUCUUAAAGGAACAAGAAAAAGUAGUAAGUGAUGCUGUUUACCAAGGUACAAAUGAUGAAAGAGAAAUGACAUUCAAGCAUGCUGCUCUCUUACAUCUUCUGGUAACAAUUAGAGAUGUCCUUUUAACAUGCAGCUUGGACACAGCUUUGGGAUAUUUGUCAAAGGCAAAAGAUAUCUACAACAGCAUUUUAGGCCCCUAUUUGGGUGACAUUUGGAGACAGCUGGAGAUUGUACAGUUUAUUAGGGGGAAAAAGCCUGAAACCAACUACAAGAUACAAGAAUUGCAAUGUCAGAUACUAAAUUGGAUGCAAUGUCAACAGCAAGUUAAGGUACUGAUUAUAAUAAGAAUGGACUCAGAUGGUGAAAAACAUUUACUCAUUAAAAUUCUUAACAAAAUAGAAGGUUUAACACUGACUAUCCUUCAUUCAAAUGAAAGGAAAGAUUUUCUGGAAUCUGAAGGUGUUUUAAAGGGUACAAGUUCCUGUGUAGUUGUACAUAAUCAAGAUAUUGGAGCAGAUUUCCCCUGGAAUAAUUUCUCAUUUGUGGUAGAAUACAAUUAUGUGGAAGACUCUUGUUGGACUAAACACUGCAAAGAGUUGAAUAUUCCUUACACGGCCUUUAAAGUGAUUCUUCCAGACACAGUUUUAGAAAGAAGCACAUUGCUAGAUAGAUUUGGAGGUUUUCUUGUGGAAAUUCAGAUUCCAUAUGUGUUUUUUGCAUCUGAAGGACUUCUUAAUACUCCAGACAUACUUCAGCUACUAGAAUCCAACUAUAAUAUCACACUGGUAGAGAGAGGCUGCAGUGAGUCAUUGAAACUCUUUGGAAGUUCAGAGCGUUACAUAGUGGUGACAAUUGAUGAACACACUGCCAUAAUUUUGCAGGAUAUAGAAGAAUUAAAUUGUGAGAAGGCAUCAGACAAUAUUAUUAUGAGGCUGAUGGCAUUAUCAUUCCAGUACAGAUAUUGUUGGAUAAUUUUAUAUACCAAAGAAACAUUAAAUUCAGAGUAUCCGCUUACAGAAAAGACACUUCAUCACCUAGCACUGAUUUAUGCAGCUUUGGUGUCAUUUAGGCUAAACUCUGAAGAACUGGAUGUAAAGCUUAUAAUUGCCCCAGGAGUAGAAGCAACUGCCUUGAUAAUUCGACAGAUUGCUGACCACAAUUUAAUGACCUCAAAGAGAGAUCCUCAUGAAUGGUUGGAUAAAUCCUGGCUUGAAGUUUCACCGUCUGAGGAAGAAAUGCACUUACUUGAUUUUCCAUGUAUUAACCCAUUGGUGGCUCAGCUCAUGCUAAAUAAAGGACCUUCACUGCAUUGGAUAUUAUUAGCAACUCUGUGUCAACUUCAGGAACUCCUACCUGAAGUUCCAGAAAAAGUGUUAAAGCAUUUUUGUAGUAUCACUUCCCUAUUCAAGAUUAGUUCUUCUUCCAUAACAAAAUCACCGCAAAUUUCAUCACCUCAGGAAAAUAGGAAUCAGAUUAGUGACUUGUCUUCUCAGAGUUCAACUUCUGAUUUAGACUCCGUCAUUCAAGAACAUAAUGAAUGUUAUCAGUAUUUAGGAUUAGGAGAGACAUUGCAGGAAGACACAACCACCACUUCGAAUUACAACUCUUCCAUUAUGGAACUAAAAGAAACGGCAGGUUUUUUACCACCCAUGACUUCAUACAAUCAGACCAGCUACUGGAAAGACUCCAGUUGUAACCCUGAUAAUGUGCAGAAUACUCCUUUUCUAAUUAAUAUAGAAUCAAGGAGACCGGCUUAUAACUCCUUUCUAAACCACAGUGAGUCAGAGUCAGAUGUCUUUUCUUUGGGUCUAACACAAAUGAACUGUGAAACUAUAAAAUCACCAAUUGACACUCAGAAGAGAGUGUCAGUUGUUCCCAGUUUUAUAAACUCUCAGAAAAGAAGAACACAUGAAGCAAACGAUUUUGUAAAUAAAGAAGUAGCUGACCCUAUCUUUUUACUAGAGGGCUCUCAAUCUCCUCUUCAUUGGAACUUUAAGAAAAAUAUAUGGGAACAAGAGAAUCAAGCGUUCAACUUACAAUAUGGUACAGAGCAGACUACAUGUAAUAAAUUGUACUCUCAGAAAGGUAAUUUAUUCACUGAUCAGCAAAAAUGUCAAUCAAAUGAGUUUGAAGCCCUCACAUGUGAAAGUUCAAAUGCUGAGACUUUCUGGAGAGAAUUACCAUCUGUCCCCAGUUUGGAUUUAUUUUGUGCUUCUGAUUCUAAUGCAAAUCAAAAAGAAUUCGACAGCCUUUAUUUCUACCAAAGAUCUGGAAAAAGUUUGGGAGAGAAAAGGCACCCUGAAUCUUCAUUUAACUCAGGAGACAAGGAAUCGUUAACAGGUUUUAUGUACUCACAACGACCACAAUUCAAAAAACGACGUCUAGCAUAUGAAAAAGUCCCUGGUAGAGUUGAUGGGCAGACUCGGCUGAGGUUUUUUUGAAGGAGAAGAGCAGUGCUACAUGCUAUAUCCCACUGCUUUGGAUGAUAAUCCACUAGCAAAAUUAUUUAGAUUUGCUCAUACAUUAAAGAAAAUGCAAUUCUUCACACAUGUCUCAGUGUUUCUGUAUUAAAUAUUCAUAAUAUGUA